AUGAAUCCUUUGUUGGGAGGGAACGCGCUUCUUCACCAACAACAGCAACACAAUCAAGAGGGACCCAGUCAUCCGGAUUCGCCAUCGGGCCUUUUGCCCGAAGCUAUUCUUGGUGGUCCAUAUCCCUCCAUCAUCCUCGGCGAGCAAUCGGGGCUGGGUCUAGAGAACAUCUCAUUUUCUGGGCCGGAGUUGACGGCAUCCUCCCAGUCAGGUUUGGCAUACCUGCAUCUAAAUAACACCUUCCACCGCGCAGCAGCGCAGCCCCCUGCAGCUAUGGCUUUAAGAAAUGACCUGGGAUCGAACAUCAGUGUCCUGAAGACCCUCAAUUUGCGUUUCCGAUGUUUUCUAGCUAAGGUCCACGAACUAGAGAGGCGUAACAAGAUUUUGGAGAAACAAUUACAACAAGCACUUGAAAAUAACAGCGGGGAAAACGGAUGCGGUGACGAUAGAAGGGGACAUACCAGGGAGAUUGGUGUACAGACUGGGUUUGUCGGGACCAUCCCAGUGAGACCCGGGUCCCUCCCUUUUCUAAACACCAACAAUGCUGUCAAACGCCCGACCAGUUUGUUUACACCGCCCCUCACCUCUGUGCUCAAACUGGAAACUAAUAAAUGUGACGAUGAAACAUCAACUGGAGAUAACUAUUCGCACGCGAAUCCGACGAUCACUGUCAGCCUGUCAACUCCGACAGAGGCCUCCGCCAACACCAACAACUCCAAUAACGCGCCAAAUGUCAGCAGCGUCAGUACCCACACUGGGACCUCGCCAAAUCCUCCACCAAGAUUUCUACCAGGCACCAUUUGGUCGUAUAACCAUACCCGCAAACUUGGAUCGGGCUUGGAAACAAGGGUGACCAGUCCUGGUGUGUCAUGGAUCCACCCCGAUGGGGUCGGUGUCCAGAUAGACACCAUCACACCAGAGAUAAGGGCCCUCUACAAUGUCCUGGGCAAGGUGAAGCGUGAGAGGGAUGAGUACAAACGCAGAUGGGAAGAGGAGUACACUAUGCGUGUGGACCUCCAACAAAGAAUUGGUGAUCUUCAAGAGGACCUGCAGGAGAGCGAGGUGUGCCAGGACGAGCUGGCGCUCAGGGUCCAGCAGCUGAAGGCCGAGCUCGUCCUCUUCAAGGGCCUCAUGAGCAACAAUCUGUCGGACUUGGAAAGCAAGAUCCAGGAGAAGGCGAUGAAGGUGGACAUGGACAUCUGCCGACGCAUCGACAUCACAGCUCGCUUGUGCGACGUGGCCCAGCAGAGGAACUGUGAGGACAUGACUGGCAUGUUUCAGGUGCCCAGCACUCAGUCUGCCAUCAACUGUCGUGCUCGGAAACAAACCCCUCAGCCAGUCAGUGGCAGUGAGACGGAUGAGCCAAUGAGCACCUCGGAUAGUGAUGGGGGUGGCGCAAAGGACGAUGACAUCUGUAGCGCUUCAGCCAAUCAGAUAAAUGAGGAAAUGCAGAGAAUGUUGUGUCAACUGAGGGAGUGUGAGUUUGAAGAUGACUGUGACAGUCUGGCCUGGGAGGAGACAGAAGAGACCCUUCUCCUAUGGGAGGAUUUCCCAGGAUGCACGUUGCCUGCUGAAACACACCCACAGGGCGAGCAGGAGGAGUGUUUGGAGAAGGUGAUUAAGGACACUGAAUGCCUGUUCAAAUCCAGAGAGAAGGAGUAUCAGGAGACCAUAGACCAGAUUGAGUUGGAGUUGGCCACAGCUAAGUCGGACAUGAACAGGCAUCUGCAUGAGUACAUGGAAAUGUGCAGCAUGAAGCGGGGACUGGACGUGCAGAUGGAGACCUGCAGGAGGCUCAUCACCCAAUCUGGAGACAGUAAAUCUCCCUCUCCAGUCCCUGGAGUCGCUGGAGGCCACGUGGACGAGGGCGCCGAGGAUGCGGAAAGGGCGGUGGCUCCGCCUGUCGAGGCCUCCGGCAGAUAGUAGUCAACGAGGCCGCCCAGUGUGAAGAGGACAAGACCAGACUUAGACCAUCCUCAGCCCGUGCUCUUUCAUUAGCGCCAUCCUCAUGUCACUUGGGCUUGUCUUCCAGUGGGUGCCUCAUACAGUACAUGCCACUUUUGCAUAGGAGGGAUGUCCUUCCACUGAGCUUUUGAAGGGCAGGUAACUCUGUACAUUAUUUUGUGGAAUCAAACGUAUGUAUGAAUAGUAGCGAAUGGCGAAGCUAACUUGGUUGACAGUUUCAAUUCAUGGUACUGGAGUGCAUAUGUAGUAUGACCAUACAAGUAGCAUCUAAGCAGAGACUGCCCCCUGCUGGUUGACUUUAUGGUCCCUUGCUCACAUUUUGCACACUGGUGACAAUGACAAUGGCUAGGAAUGCUAGUGAACAUCAUAAAUCAACAGUUCUAUUUUCACAAAUUAUUUUCAUCAAAAUGCAUCAUCGAAGGACUGGAGAUGUUGCUGAAAACAUGGAUUAUUCCUCUCAGCAUAAAGGUUGAUAUUUGUAAUGUAUGCACUGUAUGUAUGUCAUGAAAUGCUGUCAGAAGCUUCAUUUAGAAGCUAUGACACAAAAUGAUAAGUUGAAAAGCAAUCCAAGCCCUUAACCUUAGAGACCUCAUUCUCCCCACAUCACUUAAAGCACAUAUAGGUUUCAUUUAACACCAAUAGCAUCAUACAUCUCAGGCUCAUAGUUGUCUGACGCAAUAACCAACAAAAAACGUUAAUACAAGCUUUGAUAUUUAAGCUACAAUUCAACUUACAAGCACUUCAUUAUCCAAUAAUCACUUGGUGUCCAGUACAUCACUGGCAUCUCAGUACAUAUGUCACUGGAUCACACCUUGUGCAUGUAUAUAAUAUAUAUAGAGAGGUGUGUGUGCGUGUGUAUCUAUGUGUGUGUGUGUGUGUGUGUAUAUAUAUGCUGUAUAUAAUGUAAAAUAUAUAUAGCUACUCCCUGUAAAAAGCUGUGCGGACCUUUGCUAAGGUCAGCACCGGGGCCUUUGGCUCACUCUCUGUGUCUGUGUGUGGGAUCCUGUGUGCUGUAGCGCUGUAUUGGACAUAGGUACUGUAUACAAUACACAUGCUUUAUGAAGAGGCACGGCGAGGCUGGAGAUGACACAGAGAGUGGCGUUGGUUGCCCAAGGGCAUGGGAACCAGAGCUGCGCCGGGUUGAGAUCACUUCUCUGCGGCCUGGUGUUAACACUGACGCGGAGGCUGUGGUCUGUCCAGGGUGGGACUGAGAGACGCAAGUUCCCAUCGUUGUCCUCAGUUGUCUGGUGUCUGGUGCGUAUACCGUAACCUCAGCUAAAUCUGAGCGAAUGGAGCCAGGUCAGGCGAUCAGAAGAUUUCUGUUCUGUCCAAAGAUUUUGGACUUGUGCUUAAUGAUAGACUUUGUGCUGUAGGAUGGCUCCUACAUGCCAAAUCUGUUGACCCAAAUAAACCCAGGGCUUGCGCAUUCUCUGAAACCUUACUGACAAGUCCUGGUAAAUGCUUGAAUUUUUCUGUUAAGGCCUGUGUAACUUAAUGAAUUAUGUGAGCUAGUGGUUUGUUUGUUCCCUUAUUCCCUCCCUACCUUCAGUUUUUUUCAGGUGUACACUUUUUCAGGGGUACACAAGAUUAUAAUGAAGGUAAAGAAUUCAUGAAUAAAAAGCAUGAAUGUGCACUUGAAAUAUAGGCACAGAGGCACAGAAAGACGUCCAUGUGCUGAUGCUUCAAAUAUUUUUUUAAGGAUCCUUGAAGCGGGAGGCUUGCUGUGUGUUUUGUCUGAUUUAAGAUUCGUUUUGAGAUGCCACAAGUUGUUUGUGUCUCACUGAGCUUACUAGGUAUGGUCUCUGACCAUCAACAAGGAACAUGCAUAGUUACCAACAGUCACAGGACCGUCCAUGAUGCAUCCCGUUCCUAUGAGUAACUGGAAGAAAAAAGCUUAAUAGGAAAUAUGCCAUAGAAGAGAGUGAUUUUGCUCAGGAAAGGGACAAAAUAAAUUCAGUUCAACUGUUUUAUUUCAUUUUUUCAUUUCUUUCUCACCUUGAUGAAUGGCUGUAGCCUGGGAGAAGCCCAUGCAGUACUUUAACUCACAGGAAUAGAUUGUUUCUCGCGUGCCAAAAUCUACCGGUUACACAGGUCACAAAGGAUGUCACGCUAGUAAUUGCUACGAAAGCCAACCUCUCUAUGGUGCUCAAUUCCUAUAUUCCUAAUCUAUUUUGGAGCUUAAAGCACAGCCGUGCAAAACAAAGCAAAGUCGAAAAGGUUGCAGCAGCUUUUAAUGAAACAGAUUGAAACUGUCACACUGAUGGGCAGGUCUUUAACAGCCAAAGCCAAUGAGAUCAUGAUGUUUAGUUAUGUUGUACAGGUUUUAAUUUGACGUUGUGUAAUACGUUUUCAUUUUAUUAUGGGGUAAAAACACAGAUUUAUUUGCAUUUUUUAUGUUGACUUUUUCUUAUGAUGCUACUGUUACUAUUGUAAAAUAGGUACAUUUCCUCCUGUGUGUAUAUUGCCAUAAGGAGAUCAUGUUUGUUGACGAGGAAAUGCUGCUGAAAUGCUUUCUCGAAUGACACCUGAAUGUCGAGACAUGUUAACCGUAAUGCUGUCUGGAGCUUAACACUGUUCAGUGUAAUCUGCCCCCAAAUUAAUCAAAUGUGAUAAUUGAAUGAUAACUAAAGGACUAGAGUCUGAUAUUGUUGCAGUUUCUCCAGGCAGUAUUGAUGGGUUGAAAGCAUUCUUAUGAUAGCAAAAGAAAAGAUUUAAUGCUUUUUUUCUCUUUUUUUCCUGUGUUUACUAUACUGUAUGUGUGACUGGAUAUGCGUGUGCGUGUGUGAGAGUGACGGGUGGCCAUAUACUGUAAGCAUGUUGGCGUGUGCUCAUUAAUUUUGGUGUGUUUGUGAUGAGAAUAUGUUUAUUUAUAUAAAAGGAGUUAACUUAUUGUUUGACUGCAACAUGAAGAAUGCCAAACUUCUCCAGUAAGCUUCUCAAAACAUAGAAUCGAAUGUCUUCUCAAUCUGUCACUGUCAGUUUUCAACUUUGCACAAAGUCGUAGAUCUAAACAUGCAGUAAGCGCACAACAAACGAAACCAGCUUAGACAACCUGCUUCUAUAAAUGCAAUACAGAACUACUCGUCAUACCACAUCUUCAUAAUGUUCUCAAAACAAUAAGUAAAUUCUUUUGAAAAAUCACCAGUGUGUUCAAGAAAUCACAUUAAAAAAAAAAAAAAUAAAGAAGAAAAGUGAAUGCUCUACACAUGAUGUUAUGAUAUGAUUGUUAUGAUACUAUACUCAAAGGAAAUUGUUAAGGGUGUGUAAAAAAUGCUGGCUAUAUGCAAGAAUGUUUGCCGUCUCUGCCAAAAGCACUGGCUGCAGUAUGGAAUAGUGUUGUAGAUGAACACAUUCAGCAUGUGGGAGUCUACUAAGACAUGAAUGAAACAUUGCCAUUGGCUCUUAUAGAGAGGUUUCUAAACAUGUCGUUAAGCAUGCAUCGGUUGUAUACAUACAUUGUUUACAGAGGUGUGCAAUCCAGGAUCAGGCAGGAGCAGUGUUUGUAUUUUAGUUGUCUGGAUAAGGUGAUUUAACCCAACAAUUCAACCAGCCAGUGGGAGAGCUAGUGAGAGUCAUUGGUACCAUAACACAUGAAGUUAAUGCAUUGUAGUGAAGUAUGUAAUUGGUUAUACUACUUCUUGCAUAAACACAUUGUACAUGUCACUGAUGCUAACCCUGUCUCUCCAAAGCCUAGCCACCAUGGCCUUUACCUCAGUUCCUAACUUCAAAGUGCAUGUUGUAUUGCCAUUUGCUUGAGUUAGAUGUACAUGGUAGGCUACUGAUCACUUGAUUAUGCAUUAAGUGCUAAAGUACCCACUGUGAUAACACCUGUACAACUCAUGGCACAGUGUAGCCCUUUAAUGUGCCGUUUUAUUGUACAGCACGAGCAUUCUGUCUGAUCCCGAGCUUUCACACUCCUGCUGGAUUGUGUGUGUAUUCACCACCGGUUAGUGAUUUCUCAAUCCUUCAUGGUGCCCCCCUCCCCCCCAUGCAGGGUUGGAAAAAAAAGGCUGGCCCUUGCUUUAGCGCUUAGUGGACCUCAGUGAUGAGUUUGAAUAAGUGAUCAGGUGGGAUGUGUGCAGACCGGUGCAUUUGGCAAGGGACUGGGCUUAAGUCAACGUGUAAGUAACUCAAAGACGAAGCAAAAAGGACUCGCUAGCUUUUCAAUGCAAGAGCACUGAACGACAAGCAUUUAACAGAGCUGAGAAUAAAAAGACACUGCUGAGCAAUGA